CUCGACAUAUGUGAUGGCCACAUUGCCCACCUUGAUAAGCGUGUCCUGCGCGUCGAGCACGUUGCGUGAUGCGCUGGUUGCGAAGCGCAGAACACACUUUCGAAAGCCAUCAUGUGUGCUGUUGAAGAUGUUAAGCAGCGCCACCGAAUGUCCUCACACUGACGCCAGCCCCAAGCUGACGACUCAGCUGCUGGAGUCUUCCUCCUCCCCCUCGACCUCUCUCUCAUCGUCGGCAUCGUCCGCCGUGUCGUCUACAUACGAAUGACCUUCUUCCUCACUCUCCAGCUCUCCUGUUUGUUCAACAUCGACUUGCUCCUCCCAUCCCUUUUCUUCUCCUUGUGUUUCUUCCUCCUCAUGACCGACUACGCCGACCGCAUGAGCACCGCUGUCCUCUUGCUGCGUUGGCCCAAUCUUCCCGCCUCUCGAGUGAUGAAUCGGCAAAGGCUGUUGGCUCGCCGCCGCAGAUGCCAGUACACUCAAUCUGUCCUGUCCCGCAUCACCUCCGCUCCUCUCGAUCGAUACGUGCGCUGAUCCACUAGACUGAAAUGGAGCAAGUAGGUAC